GAACUAGCGGCAUUAGCCGCAAACCCCGCUCAAAAAUGUUCAACGGUUGUGUAUCUUCGAAUUCAAAGUCUUGUUAAAAACAUAAAAUAUCGAAGAGAUUUGUGUUUUUAAAUAUACAUGUGAAUAAUAAAAUGUUAGAAUUUUCAUUGGGAUAUCGUGAAGUGGUACCCGAUCAGACAUUGCCAGAGAAAUGGAAGGAAAUAACUCUAAAUACCGGUGGAAGUCAAAGUACUCUACAAGAUAUAAAAGUACCGGAAAGAGCCGGUGGCUAUUCUUACAAGGAUAAUUCCAAACACUUCACUCGAAAUCGUUUCAUUUACUGGCGCAUAUGUCACGACGUCCUCGAAUUAGUAGAACACAGUCUCGACAUUAAUCUUGCAAACUGCAAAGUUCGAUACAAAUUCACGGACACCCCUAUUCUUGAUGGAAUAUCCAUUCAUGAAACUGUCAAUUCUGUGGUCAUACUAGUUGUUACUGUUUCAAGUGUCCACAAGCUCACUUUCCCUCAUCCCGACAAAGUUCAUAAAUCAGAACAUCUGUUGGGUUCUCAUCCUGAACUUAGCGUACAGUCAAUUCUUGGUGAGGCAUCUGUUCACACGGCUCGAGAUCCUCAUACUUUUCAUGUUAUUGCCAGUGCAGGAACUACUAAUUCUCCAGUUCCACACGUAGCAGCGUCAUGGCUAACUUUGCCUCACGAAGAAGCGCUUUUCGCGUUAGCUUACAAUUCCGGGACGAUUCUGGUUCUGCGUUUGGAUACAGUAACGGGACUAGUGCACACGAGCGAACUCAAACAAGAUUCUAUAAUGCCAAGAUUUUUGAGCGGUAUCGCGACAGCUUUUCGAGGGCGAAGCUCAGAGGGCCAAGUGGCAAUGUCUCUCGUCAUACACACUUGCGGCAAUGACACUUAUCUCUUCGCUCUAUGCCGCGAGGGUAACGUCCGCAUGUGGUCCUGUAACAAAUCCCAAUGCGUCGCAGUCGCUGACGUUGCAAUCGACAAUCGUGUCGCUUCCCAGGGUGCUCAUGGUCACAUACUACGAAAAGUACUUGGUUCUGAUAACGAGCUUUAUUUAGGCGCGUAUCUGAAAUUCGGGACUGGCUGCGAAUUUAGUAUUCUCAAGCCUGUACAAGAUGCUGGACUAUUCAAAUUCGUUAGGACUUGUACUCUUUUUGCACCGGACCAACACCUCGUUGAUUUUGCUUUCACUCCAACUCGUCUCUGGGCUGUGUGGAGAACAACGGAUAUGGACACCGUUGCAGUGACUCAUGCGCAGCUUCCUCUAAGCGGGGCACAAGUUAAUUCCGAAUGGGAAACCGCGAUUCUCGAGCAACCUCCUGACCGUGAUUACAUCGUUAGUGAUCCUGGCACCGAUCCCCGUCAAGCUUACAUCAAUUACAUCUUUCAUCCUGGACAAUUUUCACUAGCUGAUAUCACACGAGCUCUCAGUAUUUAUAGAAGAUCGAACCUUAUCGCUGACAUGACUCUUUCACCCGCGAUACUCAAAGAACGCGUCUGCAUGGCCGUCGAAGCCGAGAUACAAGCGGAAGUGAUGGAUUACGAAUUGAUGGACGAGGAUUAUCUCGAAAUAGCAAAUCGCUGUUGGUCCAAAUUUUACUCUUGCGUUAUACAGUAUCACGUCAACGGGACGAGACCUGUUGGGCUACUUUUACUUCCGAGUGUUUACGGAAUUGCUUUACUGAAAAAAUCGUCCUUCUCUCUGCUUCGACCUAUGGAAGCCUUGGAACAUCUCAUGCUUUCCAACGAAAAGUCCUACGCUUCAAGAUUCAAAUCUACACCUGUACUCUCCCAAGACGAAGACACUUGCCAGGAUCUUAUCACUUUAAUGUCAGCUUUGGUUAUGCUCGAAGAACAAUUAUCCGAAGAAGUGAAAACUGGCAUGGAACGAGAAUUAUAUCACCUACAGAGCCCCGAUAUUGUUGUCGAGGAUUUGUUCUCGAGACUCGCCAUAGAACCUGACGAUCCUCUUUCAGAUUUCGACUUCCAAAUGGAUUUGCAUCACAAAUUGGAAAACGUGAAGGACCCCUCGAGUGCCAUGGGAAUGUUGCUAGAAGCUUUGACCUACGAUCUUGGUCAACCAAACAAAAUGAAACUUGACAUGGAACAAGAAGUCCCAAGCAGAAUGCUUCUCAGUGUGAGCCACCUUUUCAGCAGCCAAUUGGGAAUAUCGACCGUUGCGGAGAGCGUAGCGCAGAUAACGCUUCUGCGAUUCUCGAUUUGUCGAGACCUACUGAUCCUCCAACAAAUCGUCCUUUCCCGACCUGAAGUUUUUGACUCUCAAGUUCUCCACGCGAUUAAAUCGUUUCUGGCUCCUCGAACCGUUGUACUUACUCAGGCUUACUAUGUCGUCAUGUGGAUUUGCGAAUCAACCGCGACUUGCACACCUCCUCAAGCCUUGCUUGAAACUAGCGUUCAGAGAUUAUCAUCGCUGAAAUUGACGGAUUCUCGAGCAACGCUUGGAAACAGACAACAGAGAUCGUUGUCGCUUUUAGAAUUGUUUGUCCAAAGCGGUGGUGCGAAACACGCUCAUACUUUGAUGGCCCACGCGACGGAUGUCGAUCCGAGUGCUCUCACACCAUGGCAUUAUGGGAUGCUGACUCACGUGACGCUUAUCGCUCAGCUAGUUUGGCCAAUUUCGGGUAAUUUCAUAUUUCCUGAAUGGUUACUCUCGAGUUGUCAAUUUCUCCUGGUACAGGAAUACGUAAGAUUGCUCCGAACGUGGUGCGAAUGGAACAGCGCAUCAAGAAAAUUCAUACUCGCAGUUGCGUUGUUAGAAAUGGGUGAAACCCGAAAGGCCUGCGACCACUUUUUACGCGCUUCCAACGGAGUUUUAACGGAUUCUUUCCUAGCUGACGUGCUGCUCGAAUCGAAUGUGACGUCGGACAGUAACGCUCUCGUACAAUAUUACUUGAAAGUAAUUGAAUUAUUCGAGCAACAUAACGCCUCCGAUUGUAUAAUCGAACUCGCAGAAACAGCGAUCACGAUUGCUUCGAAGGACGAUCCGAAUCUGCCAACACUUCAUUCCAUAGUAUUUACUCAGCACCUUACUCUGGGCCACCACACAGAAGCAUAUCACUGCUUAAACGCUAAUCCCGAUGCUGCCAGACGCGCCGACUGUCUGCGUCAACUCGUUGUCACUCUCUUCGAGCGAAAAAAACUUAUGGACCUCGUCUCGUUUCCUUACGUCGACAUGUACGAGGAUCUCGAGAGAAUCGUCGAGGGCAGAGCUCGCAGCGUUGAUCUUAUGGAAAAUAAUUAUUACAACUUUCUAUACAGCUUUCACAUUAAUAAGGGAAAUAUGAGAAAAGCUGCUUCGGUGAUGUACGAACAAGCAAUGCGACUCAGCCAAGAGUCUCAUUCGGCAUCGAUCAUAGCACGACAAUCUCAGUGCCUUUUGGCAUGUAUAAAUUCGCUAAAUCUCGUGAACGAGAAAUACAAAUGGAUAGUAAGACCAGUCGUAGACAGUAAUUAUCCAGACGAAUCGAAUCCUAAGAAAAAACGGAGCAUAGACGGUCGGGAAGUUUUACACUACAAAGUUAGAAAACAGGUGGAAGUUCUUGAACUUGCGGACAUAAGGAAAGAAUAUUAUUUGGUCGACGCGAGGCUCAAAUUGUCGAAACUCAAUUCGGAAAUGCAUACAGUCGCUCAGGCCUGCCCGUCGGAACUCAUAGCGAUCCUUUCGAGCGUUGGACUUUACACGACUGCCCUUCACUUGUGCGAUCAAUUCAACGUACCGAAGAGCUCCGUACUCGAAAAUCUCGCGUCGCACUGUUUGAGAUUGAGUGAACAAGAAGAUCCUAAUGCCUGGGAUUGGCUCAUACAAAAUGAUGUUUUCGACAUAAGUGGUUGCAGUUCGAACGUAGCUAACAUCAGCUGGAGACUUUUGGAAAGGUUGACCUUGCUCCACGAGAAAAAAGACAGUAGCGAGCUCCACAAAGGCGUUGCCAGAAAAUUACUUCACCGCGGAGCUUUUCUACCACAAUGGCUCAUGUCUUCUUACAAAAAACGCAAUCCCGCCGAGCUUCUUCGACUCCUGUUAAACACUGGUCGAUUAUUAGAAGCAACUGACUUAGCAUUGGAUUACGUGAACGCUGUUCUGGGCGAGGGCAAAGAGCAUUUCGGGUUAGAAACUCCUCUGGUUUCUACCGCACCGGCGGUCUGGUUGCCGUACAACACACUAGAAUUAUUGUUGCUCGAGUUGGAACACGCGAGCAAAGAGGAUCCCGUUUAUAUCGAGAGUCACGAUCGAUUAAAGAAAACUUUGGAUCACUAUAUCGAUACUGUCGUUCGCGUUUCCACUGACAUGAUUCGUUACAAGGUCCAAAACGCUUAUACAAUUGAGAGUAAGUAUUAUCACAAAGUUUUUAAAACCUAACCACUAAUGGGUAUCAGCCGUUAUUAAUCAUACGUGCUCUAUUAAUUCCUCCGUUCUAUGGAUCACGCGUAAAUUGGCUUGUGAUCAAGUGACAUUAAUAUUAUGAAGACUAUUAUUGUGCCGAGUAUUCCCGUUACUACCGCUGCAACCAUUUGAGGACAUCUGUUGAACAUCACCUAAAAACAAACACAUUUACCAACCAUUUGUACUCAAUUAUUUCAUCUUUUUCUAAUGUCUUUUCCUUUACCAUUAACAGAACAACGAGCGCUGUUAUGAAAAUCGAACCAACUGGCAGCAACAACCACAUUGCAGAAUAGUGUCGUUGUAGUUCCGCCUCUAUAAAUCAAUUCGAAGUAUAUAACGCACACAAAUUCAUUCGUCAUUUCAAUGAAAUUAAGAAGGAAAAAAUUCAUUCUCAUUUUAAAAAAUAUCUUUCACGACGUGACAAUUAUUAGUGAUUGUUCAUUUUAACAAUCUUGAGUCUGAUUUUUAUUCAUUUUUCUUUAUCGGUCUACUUUUUUCUCAUACAUCAAAUAGCAGCACUCGAUACGAGAAAUAUUUCAGAUUCCUUAUGAUGAUUAUAAUACUAUCAUGGAAUGAGUUUUAUUUAUUAAUGUUUGAAUUUGGUCAAUUCUGUUAUCACUGUUGAGUUACAAAACAUUGGUCCAAUUUUUCAACGAGGCGAAGGAUCCAAAGAUGAAUCCAAGAAAAAAUCUAAAAAUUUGAGUAAAAUAAAAAUCUAUCGUUUCUCUAAUCUCUUAUUACAAGUUUUGGGAUUGCUUGGUGAUUUAUUUAUUGUUUUAGGCAUUGGAGGAAUUUUUAUUUGAAAAACCGAACCAUUAUUCGUUCUAGAAACUCGAAUGAAAAACUGGCGCGAUAUUAUUUUUAAAAAAUCGUCAAUUCGAAUGAUAAAAAAUGCAAAAUCACGCGAUAAAUCGGUGUGACAUUUAAAGAUACUGUAAAUUGUUUUUAUUCGUUUCAAUAUACUCAUGAAAUGUUAAUAACCACUGCGAAUCCACUGAACCAGACGUACUCCGUGCCCAGGAAAAUGAUAACUCGUUACAUUUUGGCUAUUUAUGAUUACAGAGGAUAGAGAUGUGUGACCAUAAUCGGUCUGAGUCUGCGGAUCCAAUCUGCCGCCUGAAAUCAAAUCGGAGCAAGAUUGGGUAUUAUCAUUACGAAAUGUGCAGCAAUGCCGUGCGAAAGUUCAAUUGCUUCAAUAGCAAAUAAAUCAUGGAAUACGUCGAGCUGCAGCUUCCCGGAUGAAGAAACGAGAAAGGAAGAGAGUAACCUGGAAGGAAAGAAUGAAAGGCGGGAAACUUCAAUUGUGCCAAUAGAAUGAGUUGCUUAAUUACCAUUUUCUAAUCCAAAAAUCCCUAUCAAGAUUGUAACCCAAUCAAUCGCGAAUUACUCCAGAUCUUCCCGAAAAGAAAUGAAGAGAAAAACGACUAAGAAACAACAAAACAUGCACCAAUCGUCCCGCCAGGUUUUUGUAUAAUUGUAAAGAAAUAUGACGUCAGUGACAACGUUAGUGAAAUGUUAUAAUAAAAAAAGAGCCAAGAAUUUGAUAAAAAUA